AAGCCGGCGGCGGCGAUGGGACGACGACGAAGUCGACGUUUCAGGAAUAGAUCAUCGUGCGUCCCGCGGCCGCCGGAGCCGGAGAGGGACUGGGCGGAGCUGCAUCCGGACCUGAUCUCGUGCAUCCUCAAGCGACUGGACCAGGUCGAGCUGCUGGUCGGCGGCGUGGCGACCGUGUGCCGCUCCUGGCGGCGCGCCCGGGAGGAGCCGGUCCUGUGGCGCCGCAUCGACCUACGCGGAGGCCUGUACUUCGCCCCGCCAUCCGGCGCUCGGGCCUGCCUCCCCAACAUGGUGCGGGCAGCGCUCCGGCACAGCGCGGGGCAGUGCGAGGCUUUCUUGUGCGACCGCAUCUACGACGACUCCCUCUUUGCGAUCGCCAAGCGGGCACCCUCGCUAAAAAGCCUUCAUCUCAUCACAAGCAAAGUAUCCAACGAAGGGUUUGCAAAGGCCAUCAAGAUGUUACCUCUCCUUGAGGAGCUCGAGAUUUCGCACUGUUCACCUCUAGAUCAACUAAAGGCGGUUGAACUUGUUGCUGGCGCAUGCCCACUACUGAAGCACUUCAGACUUGUCUCAAGAUACGGUAACAAGGAGGUGGGAUUUGUGGUUGCAAGGAUGAGCAGGCUGCGUUCCUUGCAUCUUGUCCGCCUUACCCUCGACAAUCAAGGGUUGACAGCCAUCCUUGACAGCUGCCACGACCUAAAGUACCUCAACAUGCGAAAUUGUAGCCCGGUUACCAUGGAUGAUGACCUACGAGCGAAGCUUUCCCGAAUCAACGUGGAUAACCGUGAGUACAAGGAUGACUGUGAGUACUGGAGUUACAUCGACGAUAGGUAUUAUUACAGUGGCAUGCAUGACUUCUGGUCCCUUGAAGAAUGCGCCGAGGAGUCCUAUGCUGAUAAUUACUACUACCGUGGUGAUGGUGAUGAUGUUGCCGAUGCCGAUAUCGAAGAGCAUGAGAAGAUCCUUGACAUCAAAAGCAUGCGCAGAUACCUAAGCUAAUGAAAUGGUGCAAGAAUGUUUAUGUGGCCAAU